CAUUUCCCUCCUCCUCCCUCGCCAGAAGUCGUAAACCCCAAGAUUCCAGCCGAGUUAGCGGUUUCGAGGUCCGAGAUUUGCGAUCUCCCCUAGGGCCCGUCUCGUGUGAUUCUAUCCGCUAAGGUACCCGAUGCCAGGCCUUAUUUUCGGAGAUUCGGCUCCGUCCGCUAAUCCACCGGGAGCUGGAGACCCCACGCCCAGCAUGGAUUUUUUGCCAACCAACUUCCUCCCGACCCCAAGCUCCCGUCGCAUUCGGCCUCAGACGACCGAUCGACCCAGAUCGUGCAUUGUGAACACUUUUUUUUGUGACAGGGCACCCAAGUUGAGGGCAAACGACCGUAGAAAGGGUACUCAAUAAAGUGAGGCGGACGCUAUUACAUCAUGCCGGCCGCCAACACGGUGACGCUGGAGAAUCUGGCUCAGAAGCUCCCCCAAUGGCGUCCCGACGACCAGAGCCAAUUGUACGCCGUCGUUGAUAUGGGCAGCAACGGCAUUCGCUUUAGCAUCACCUCCCUGGCACCACCCCGGGCUCGUCUUCUGACCCCGGUGUACGCCGCCAGGGAAGCCAUCUCGCUGUUUGAUGCUCUUACACCGUCGGAUUCUGGACCUGUGUUCCCUUCCAACGUCAUCGAGUCGGUGUCGUCUGCCAUAUCUCGCUUUUACCACCUUGCCAUCUCUCACGAUGUUCCUCCCCAGCACAUCAUGGUGCUUGCCACUGAGGCAAUGCGCCGGGCCGUCAACUCCUCCGAAAUGUUGGAUGCCAUUGCAAAGGCCGCUGACGGGCUGACUGUUUCUAUCCUUGAUCCCCCUGUUGAGACGCUCCUCGGUGCCGUCAUGGGAUCAAGGAGCGGCCUCGGAGGUGUUCCUGGCGGCGCUCUAUUCCUUGACCUCGGAGGUGGAAGCGUACAGAUGACCUGGGUGGACACAAGCACGGACAACUACGAGAUUGAGGCAGCACUUGCCGGCGGGAGCUUGCCUUAUGGUGCCGCAAAGCUAAUGCGUGUGCUACAAGAACACCCCGAGGACGUACAAGCCAUGGAGACGGGAAAGCUUAAGGAUGGCUUGAGCAAGCUAUAUGCUGAUUUAUGCUCCAAGUUCCCUGCUCUCCAAGCUAUCAAGGCGGCUAACGAAAGAGGAGAAGAAGUCCUCGUCGACGUAUAUAUGUGUGGCGGCGGAUUCCGCGGCUACGGCAGCAUGCUGAUGCACGACGACCCCAUUACCCCCUAUCCCAUCUCGUCGUCCAACACCUAUUCAGUUCGCGGUUCACGGUUCAAAGAUACGACCCGAAUGUUGAAGAUGAACCAAACCUAUGAGGGUAAAAUCUUUGGCUUAUCCAAGCGACGUCGCCAGCAGUUCCCUGCCAUUAUCAAGGUCGUCAAUGCAUUCAUCCAAGCCGUCCCAUAUAUUGGCUGGGUCACAUUCUGUGGAGGGUCUAACCGACAGGGGGCUCUGAUGAUGAAGCUGCCUCGAGAGAUCCGCGAGAGCAAUCCCCUUGACGUCCUCGCCAACGUAAAGGAUAGUGAAAAGGCAGGUUUUGGUGCUAUUCUGGACAAGCUAUCGGAAUCUCUUCCGGCAAAUCUCACUCACACCCACUUCCCAACCAUCUUCAAUGCUGGUCUGGGUCUGCUCUUCGUGAGAGAAGUCUGGAACCGCCACGGCCACGGGGCAGACUCAAACACCUCCUUUGCUAUCCAUGACGCCGUCUCUCGCGACACUGACUGUCCCGGCCUAACUCACCUUGCGCGCGCACUCCUUGGCUUGGGCGUCGCCGCUAGAUGGGGAGGCAGCCUUGGGCCGCUCGAUGCCCAGCUUCACAAAGGAUUGCAGGGUAUCCUAGAGGACAGGGGCGUUGAUUCGUCUUUCUGGGCGCUGUACCUCGGCGCCGUUGCAGGCGUCCUGGCCACCAUCUUCCCCAUCAUGCCUAAGCAGGCAGACCAACUUGUCAGCGCUAUCAGCUUCGAGUCGCGCGUUGAGAGGAGAGAGGGCAAGAAAGACAAAAUUUCGUUGAAAAUUAUCCUAGCUGGCGAAAGUGCCAAACGUAUUAACAAGGACGAUCUCAUCGACCUUGUCAAUUCCGCCGCUAAGAGUCAUGCAAAGGCGACCAAGAAGAUCUCAACUGACAUAGAAAUUCGGUCAUGAUUCAUUCAUACUAUCUAAUUUUUCAAGACAUAUAUUUUCUUUCCAGGUGAACACACAAAGAGAAACAUGAGAACGUAAACCAAUAUGAAAAACAAAGACAAGAGAAAAAAAUCAAAAGAGUGAGCACCGCUUUUUCUUUUCGCUUCAUUUCCCGUUCAUACGUUCCAUCGUUUGCAUUCUGAUUUUUUUUUUUGUCAUUAAGUCGUAACUCAUAAGGCAUGCAUCUAGAAAUAGAAGCAAGCUAAUUAUCCUCUUCGCAAUCAUCA